AUGGUGUUCUCGCUGGAAGCCGCUGGACUGUGGAAAGCUCCCCUCCUUUUAGUGAUGUGCCUUCACCUCUCCCGGGUGUGCUCCGGGAGCUCCGUGCCUAAGCAGCAGAAAAUAGAUGUCAGAAGUUGCCUCAACAUUUCAAAGCAGCUGCUGAGCGAGGUGAAAGAAAGUCUAACGCACCCCGACGUGACUGGAGGCUUUAACUGCACUGACAAUGUUCUUGCCCUGGAGGACAUCACUGAGAAUCUCACCAGCACCGCCUGGUCCUGUUCCCCGGCCCAGUGUUUUCAAAAUAUUACUGCCGAUUUACAGAUCUACCAAACUAAACUUCAUAAUUUCUCCCACGUCACCGGGAAUGUGUUUAAACAGAUCCAGCAACUUCUGAAUGCUCUUAAUUCUGAUUCAAACUAUGAUGAAGUAUAUUUUGAAGUUGGGUCAACAACAGAAACUGAGGAGAAACCUAACUUUCCCCAAAGGAUGGUUUUGUGCAAAAUUUUGCAGGCUUUCAAGUUGCGUACCAUCACAAUCAACAGAGUUAUGAAUUAUCUGAAUGAUACUGAACUCUAA